AAGUGCUUUGAAUAUGACAAUGGAGCUAUAAUUAUUUUAAUAACAAUUGCAAAAAUUGAUCAGUUCAUCAUUCGGAUCAAUGGGAUGAUGCUUUACGUCACUUUAAGGGUUAUAAAAUUGGUAAGCAAUGCUGACGUGAUCCCGACAAAGAAAAAAUAUAGUAAAAAACAGUAAACAAUGAGGGCCUCGUUGUCUGCCGAGAUGUGAUUUGAUGGGAAACUCCAGAACGGAUUCUCAAUGGACCUCGUCGUGAGACUGCUGUUCCAGCUGCUGUUCAGAGCAGUAGCAUGAUGUCUGUCCCGGGGCUGAUAGUCAGACUAUUGAAGGGUGCCAGGUGUUUGGUCAGAGACCAGACAGCCAGACACAGACGGAUGCACGGUGAUAAUGCACCGAGGGAUGGUAAAUGUCUCUCGUUGGCUUGCACCAGCAGCUGAGAUGUUGAAAUCUACUUGAGGUGAUUAACCUGUGAUACUCCUCAUUGAUCCACAAGAGGAAACUUGGUUCUUUUUUGAGGAGCACAGCUGGUCCUGAGGUGUGUCCCAUCCUGUAGCACCGAUGAAGGGUGUGUGGGCCGGAGCAGCAGCUCUGUCUCUGGUGCUGCAACAGCUGGUGCUCACUGUCACAGCUCAAGGCAUUGUCUAUGACCUACUGGCCUCACCAGACUGCCUGCCAGACUUGCUCCAAGGAAGCCUGAAGAACAAAGGGCGAGAUGAGGCUUUCCUCCUCUCUUCAUUCAGGAUCCAAAACAAAGCCCCCACCUCUCUCUUCAGUGUCAUCAACCCCACAGACAACAGCAAGUACCUGGAGCUCACCGUGCAGGCCAAACUGAGCAAGAUGACCCUUCGUUACCAGAAGACUGAUGGCAGAUUUGGCACGACCAGUUUCAACCAUCCCUCCCUGGCAGAUGGUCAAGAUCACCAUGUCAUACUACAUGCCAGAGGCUUACAGCACGGUCCACCUCGCCUCAACAUCUAUAUAGACUGCAGACUGACACACACUUUGGAUGAUCUGCCAGCUGCAUUUGGGUCUCUCCCUCAGGGUCCCAACAAGGUGGCACUUAGGACCCUGCAGUCGGGUCGACAGGAUAAACUGACAGACUUGAAGCUGGUGAUAGAGGACACCAUAGACAAUGUGGCCACUCUGCAGGCCUGUAGCAUGGGUCAGGGUGAAUCCCUGCAGCUGCUGGGUAUCCAGGGAGGAAGGACGGUACACGACCAGGCCACCAUGCUGGAGCUGAGGAGCAUGUUAUCUGAGAUGAAGGAGCUGCUCCUCCAGCAGAUUAAGGAGACGACUUUUCUGAGGAACACCAUCACAGAAUGUCUGCCCUGUGGUCUUGGAGGCAGUCCAACCAACUCACGUCCUGCUCCAAGUCCUGGGAAUGUUCUCCUGCAGCCUCAUCCUCUGACUCAGUGCCCACCCGGGACCUGUUUCAGACAGAACAUGUGCAUACCUGCACAGUCGGGGGGUUUUCAUUGUGCCCCCUGUCCUGAUGGAUUUACAGGAGAUGGGAUCCACUGUGAUGACGUAGAUGAAUGCCAGUUCAAUCCGUGUUUCCCUGGUGUCCCGUGUGUGAACACCGCUCCUGGUUUUCGCUGCGGGCAAUGCCCUCUGGGAUACACCGGACCAGAGAUAACUGGAGUGGGAGUAUCUUAUGCUAAGUCACACAAACAGGUGUGUGAGGAUAUAGAUGAGUGUCUGGGCCCACCUGAGAAUGGAGGUUGCACUGCCAACUCGCACUGCUACAACACUAUAGGCUCCUUCCGCUGUGGAGAGUGUAAAACUGGCUUCACAGGUGACCAGGUGAGAGGCUGCCAUGGUACCAGGCUUUGCCCCAACGGCCAACCUAACCCCUGUGACAUCAAUGCCGAGUGUGUCGUGGAGAGAGACGGCAGCAUCAGCUGUGUGUGUGGUGUUGGUUGGGCAGGUAAUGGCUACAUGUGUGGAAAGGACACAGAUAUCGACGCCUAUCCUGACAGCAAGCUCAAGUGCAUAGACAACAACUGUAACCAGGAUAACUGUGUGUUCGUGCCGAACUCUGGUCAAGAGGAUGCGGACAGGGACGGGAUGGGUGAUGCCUGUGAUGAUGAUGCAGACAGUGAUGGCAUUAUUAACAUUGAUGACAAUUGCUGGCUUGUUCCUAAUGUGGACCAAAGGAACAGUGAUCAGGAUCUCCAUGGUGACGCCUGUGACAACUGCAGAACAGUCGAUAAUCCCUCACAGAGGGAUACCGAUCAGGAUGGGCUGGGAGACGAAUGCGAUGAUGAUAUGGACGGGGACGGCUUGAAAAAUAUUCUUGACAACUGCCAGCGAGUCCCCAACCCAGAUCAAAAAGACAGAGACAACGAUGGGGUGGGAGAUGCCUGUGACAGCUGUCCUGAUACGGUCAACCCUAACCAGUCGGACUCAGAUGAUGACCUUGUAGGAGACACCUGUGACGACAACAUAGACAGUGACGGUGACGGCCACCAGAACACAAAGGACAACUGUCCUACAGUCAUCAACUCCUCUCAGCUGGACACUGACAAAGAUGGAAUGGGAGAUGAAUGCGAUGAUGAUGAUGAUAACGAUGGCAUUCUGGAUGAUGAUGACAACUGUAGACUAGUUGCCAACGCAGAUCAAAAGGACUCGGACAACAACAAAGUUGGAGAUGCAUGUGAGGGAGACUUUGACAAAGACAGCAUCAUAGACAGGAUUGACCACUGCCCAGAGAACGCUGAGAUCACCCUGACUGACUUCAGAGCCUAUCAGACCGUAGUGCUGGACCCAGAGGGGGACUCUCAGAUUGACCCCAACUGGGUUGUCCUCAAUCAGGGCAUGGAGAUAGUUCAGACCAUGAAUUCUGACCCUGGCCUUGCUGUAGGCUACACAGCGUUCAGUGGGGUUGACUUCGAGGGAACGUUCCACGUGAACACGGUGACCGAUGAUGACUAUGCUGGCUUCAUCUUCGGCUACCAGGACUCCUCCUCCUUCUACGUGGUGAUGUGGAAACAGACAGAACAAACAUACUGGCAGGCUGCGCCCUUCAGAGCUGUUGCCGAGCCGGGAAUACAACUCAAGGUCGUGAAGUCCAAGACCGGUCCUGGUGAGUAUCUGAGGAACUCCCUUUGGCACACUGGAGACACCGCCGAGCAGGUCCGUCUCCUGUGGAAGGACCCCAGGAACGUCGGCUGGAAGGACAAGGUCUCCUACCGCUGGUUCCUCCAGCACAGACCACAGAUUGGAUACAUCAGGGCUCGCUUCUUUGAGGGUUCUAACCUGGUGGCGGACACGGGGGUGAUAAUUGACACCAGCAUGAGAGGCGGUAGGCUGGGCGUGUUCUGCUUCUCUCAGGAAAAUAUAAUCUGGUCCAAUCUGAAGUACCGCUGCAACGACACCAUCCCUGCUGACUACCAGGAUCUCAGUGACCAGAACACACAGUGAAGCGAUCCAUCAGGGAAACGACUUGUAGCCGUGUUGAAUACAUGAAUAAAAGGAGCAGAGCUUCACUGCUGAGAACAAAGAGGUAGAGAACGCGAGUUAGAGUUGGAAAAAUGUAUGUGAGAGGUAACAUGAUGGACAGUUUUGGUGAUGAGUGAGAGGAUCUUAGGGAAGCAUAACAUUGGGCAUUAUAUACUUUAAUUCAGUUUAACUGAAGCCAGUACAUUUAUGAAUGCAAUACUGUUUUAACAAUAAAAUCCUAAGCAUUUUACAAAAUCAAA